AUGCGACAAGAGGUCGCAAUGCCUGGCUUGGAGAUUCCAGGUGAAUUCCUGCGUCAUGCUGUCCUUGAUACAGUUGUGCCUCAUGCGCCUGCCUUUGAUGUCGAAGGAGCCCUGAGCUCAGCCCUGGAGGACGGAGCUGAUGAUCUCCCCUCUGUUCUCGCAUCCAUUCCCCAGAGAGCACAGAUAUUCUUUGAUGAAUUCCUGCCCGUUCGCAUCAUCUUGAGGCUUUCCGAUUGCUCGGAAACAGUUCUGAAGCAUUACCUACCGCGCCUCGAGGUCAAAUUGGAUGUAUUCGCUGUCGAUCCAGCAGAGUCAGUGGGUGAAAACCUUACACCGACUCGAGAUGUCAUAUUUUCGGGCGUCGUUGGUGGGGAUGAGGAUCCCAUAGUUGUUUUCAACGAAUUUGAAGGGGAAGAAGGGAGUGGAAACCACGUCUACCUUGUCUGGAAUAUCGAGACAGUUAUAAGUGAGUUGUACCGGCGAAGAGUCGUUUGGAAUGUUAUCGCUAAUGUGUCCUCAGAGCGUCCCCGCAUACGAAUUCAGCACCCGUCUCUCCUAUUCAUUGCAUCUGCCAACCUCAACCCCUCUGACGGAAGCCACCAAGACGAUUCGGAGGAUGACUACCUCCCUUCCCUUAUUCCUGCGUCGGCGAAUAUGCUUCAACCGCUAUCGAGCGACAAGUCUCUUAACAAAGACCCGUUCCUUCCUGCUUCUAGACUUUUGCGGGUCGUGCCAACGACUUAUGACCAGGAGCCCAUCUACAACAUCCAGCAGCAGCAUGGCCACCCAUUCCGCGUUGUGCCCGCUGCCAGCGCGAGAAUACGAUACUCUCGGCUGAAUUCUUACACCGGCGUUCCAUUAACGGCUGCCAGUUUAGAUUUCGAGGUCACCCCUUAUCUUACAAGUGAGGUUUCUUUCAACAGGGCGGAUCUCCAUCUGUCAGAAGGAACCAUUGCGUCAAUGUCAGACGCUCCGGGUCUUGCCCUGCCAAUUGUUUGCCGCCCACGAGAUGAUGUCACUCUCAUGUAUAAGCUCACGCCAGAAUAUGGUCCGGAGACCAAUCCAUCCUCUACCGCCAUCGUCAGCACAUUGGCUAUCUCUCUCGAAGCGACCAUUCUAAUUGAUGAUGGUUGUAAGCCACGCAUCUCUAUGCAGUGGAAAACGAAUGUCGAUUUCUCUGUUGCCCUCAACCCGACCUUUGGGGGCCCCAGCCCUGCGCUGCAGAGAACAAACCGUCCUUCCAAUCUAUCCGUGUCAACUCAAGGUGGCAUUGCAGCACCGUCCAACCGAAGCUCACUUCGGGAACGGGCAUACUCUGUCACAGAUUUGGGUGUAACCAUCUCCUUCACUGGCCCCGUUCGGGUACAAGUUGGCUCGGCUUUCUCAUGGAGUGUGUUCAUUGUCAAUCGGUCUAGUGCGCCUCGCAAAUUUGCUCUAAUUGCUAUUCCGAGACGCAAACGCGUGGAUCCACGAGGGCAUGUCGCUCGGCCUUCGUCAUCUUCUAUUACCAGCCGCAAAGAAGACCAAGUGGCGGAGGCAGUGACUGAUGACAACAUCGUCCAUGCCAGGCAAAAGAGUAUGGCUGGGCAGGAGGUUGAGUUGAUCAGCUUGAGUACGGAUAUUCGCGUCGGUCCCCUCUUACCAGGAACAUGCCACUCUACGGAAAUCAAGCUCCUACCUUUGGCCACAGGCCCGCUUCAUCUUGAAGCAGUCAGAUUAGUAGACGUGAACACGAACGAAACGACCGACAUUCGAGAUCUUCCGGAUAUUCUCGCGGAUGAUCAGCGACGCUCUUGA